UACGUGACCUCCAGGCGGUUUCCUGGACUGAUGGGGAAGAGUUCACCACCUUGUGUCUGAGGCUGAGUAGAGACUGUCGGCUUCUUCGGUCUCGAAAUCCAGUGUGGCUCACCACCAAGAAAACUACACACGUGGUUGGAGUUUGGGGGCUUUAUGAAAGAUGGCCUGAUGAUACCGUUAAAGUAAUAUGUAUUGUGCUUUUCGGAUUUCCAUCCCUUAAUGGAAAGGGCUUACAAGUCAAUAAAGAGGACUGCACCCCGAGUCACAACCCUUUGCUGGGUCUCCCCUACAAAAUGAAUACCUGUUUCAAGGUUUUAAGACACUUCACCAGGCAAUCUGUUCUGCCAUUUGUUCCUCCUAAGAAAGGAGCAGGUUUAUAUUUUACCAUUCUACACAAACAUCUGUCUUCUAGAACACCUGUUUUGUCUUAUCCUAAUAAGGAGAAUGUCCCACCUAUUGAGAAGAUAGAUUUGGAUGAGUGGAAAAAUACAAUGAAAUCUAGUUUGCCAGAGGAAACAAGUACUUUUACAACCUCAGAUGAUUCUCUAACAGCGACUAGAGAGUGGAUUGAGAUGUGUAGAUUACUUAACAGAGAAGUGCCAGAACAUAUUAGUGAUGAGGAUCUCAAAAUGAUCGCAGAAUGUCCCAGCAAAAAGUCCAAAAAGAAAAGGCUCAAAUUUUUAUAUGUCAAGGAAAUCCAUAAAAAAGCUAAGAAAGAAAAACAGGAAAGGAAAAGAGCAGAAAAGGAUGAAAUUAAAAAGCAAAAACAACUUGGAAAUGCCGAAGAAUCUGAAAGUACAGAGCUGAAGAACGUUUAUUUAUUGCCAAUUCAGGAUAAAGCUUUUAAAACUGCAUGGGAUUGGAGAAAUGCUCAAGCAAUGAUGUUUGGCCAGCCUUUAAUUUUUGACAUGUCUUAUGAUAAUUUCAUGCCUGCAAGAGAUUUGAAGAACACUGUGAACCAACUCUUAGAAAGUGAAGGAGCCAAUCGAAAAAAUAUAGAUCCGUUCCAUAUAUUUUUUUGCAAUCUCAAAGUUGGUGGUGACUAUCACAAGGAAUUGCUUAAUCGUUAUAAAGAGAAAUGGGACAAUUUGCUUUUGACAACAACAGAAAAGUCACCUGUAGAUAUAUUCCCAAGAGAAAAUCUUAUCUAUUUGACUGCUGAUGCUCCCAAAGUUAUGACUACUUUUAGACAUGACAAAAUUUAUAUAAUUGGAUCUUUUGUUGACAGGUGUUCACAACCCCGAGUGUCCUAUGCAAAUGCAAAACGACUGAAUUUAGCAAGUGAACGUCUUCCAUUGGACCAAUAUCUUCACUGGCAAAUUGGAAAUAAAAACCUUACAUUAGACCAAAUGAUGCGUAUAUUAUUAACUCUGAAGAAUACUGGUGAUUGGGAAGAAGCGCUGAAGUUUGUUCCAAGGAGAAAGCAUAGUGGUUAUCAUUCUGUUUCCAUUGAUUCCAAGAAUUUUGUCAAGGAGUCAGAGAUUAAGAAAUCCUUUCGAAAACAAUCUUCAAAUGCAUGGAGCAGGGAAUUAUGGUGGUGUAAGGAUGACUAAUACAAUCUUAUAAGGAGUACUAGAAUGUUUAAAUGAUCAUUAACUUGAAUUGUAUGUUUUCAUUAGAAUGUUGAUUGGAACUCCUGUUCAUCUCUUUAAGGUAUCUCUUCCAUGUUACAGGUGUGUUAGUUAUUCUGCUAAUUUAUCAUGUAGUGCUACAGUUUCCUGGAAGAUGCUUUAGAGAGCCUGAUUCCUAAGUAAAACUAAACUAUCAUCAUUUGUACAGAACAAUAAAUUGUGACAUUAUUAAAUGUGGUCUUUCUCUCAGAUGAUUCAAUUCCCACACUUAUUAGAUAUUUUUAAU